AUGGAUUACCUCCUCUUAAGAUCCAAUACAUGUGGAACUAUGGAGGAAUUAACCAGAGUCUUUCCUUGGAUUAUUUGGUAUAUAUGGAAAGCCCGGAAUGAAAAACUGUUUAAUGGACGUGAAUUCUCACCUAUGGACACAAUUGAUCUGGCGAUACGUGAAUGUAAUGCAUGGUUUUUGGCCAAUGAAGUGAUCGACCCAGGUGAAAGCACCAUGGAAUGCAUACCAAGAACCCCCACUGAGCGUUACUGCAAUUAUUUUGUUACUGACUCUCAAGAGCUAGUCAAAAUGAUCGCUACACCUGAAGACUGGCCGGCCUUUGCAACUGAACUUGACGAGUUUAAAACUGUAUGGGCGUCCUACCAAGAUGGACAAGUGGUCUACAAGAGCAGAUCCAGUAACACCAAAGCAGACUUCCUGGCAAGACAAGCUCGAACAAGGAAGCGUGUUUUCUCAUAUGUUAACACGUGUGUGCCACACUGGAUCGAUACUCGCAACUCGGCUUUUGCCGAUUCGUACUAA